AUGACUCCAGAUAUUACCUAUAGCACCAGGGUUGAUCAUGACCCUAUCGAGGAGCGAAAGUCUUUGAUCAAGAGACUCGUUAAUCAGAAAGUCCUAGUGCCAGAUAUUCUGACGCUGCUGCCCAGUUGGCGAUGUAAUUUACAGCCAGAUAUUGACUCUACCAAUGAAGAGAUUGAUGUGUGGUUGAGGACCCUCAAUGUAUCUGAAAAGAAGAAAGCUAAGCAUCGAGCACGGGGGAAUUAUGCAUUGCUCACUGCUGUAUACUAUCCUGACUGCACAAGAGAUAAAAUGCUGGUUUUGACGCAAUUCUUGUAUUGGGUUGAUAUUCUUCUGGGACGAUGGUACUUUGGCCAACAUCUUGACAAGGAGAUCUUUAUUAAUGCAUAUAUUCUAGAGAUUGAUACUGGUGGGGAGCUAACAGAUGAUAAAACCGGUACACUGCUAUGCUGCGAAGAGACUAAUAAAUGCAUCGAAGACUGCCUUGGUCCCAAUCCAAAUUACGAAGUGCCACCAAACUCCAGAGGCACAGUGGAGAUGUUCUAUCCUAUUCUUGCAGAGCUUCGCGCCGGCUUAGGGCCAGUUUCGACAGAGCGAUUGCGGAAAGAGCUCCACGACUAUGUCAACGGCGUGGCAAACCAACAGGAAGUCCGUCAGGGUGAAAAACUCCCAAAUCCUUGGGAUCACUUCAAGAUGAGAAGCGAUGAUGUUGGGGUCAUCCCAAGUAUUACACAGAAUGAAUUCGCAAUGGAGUUUGAGCUCCCAGCCUGGGUUCAUAAACAUGAAUCGAUUCAGGUCAUUAUACAGGAGUGUACCAAGUUAACAACAUUACUGAAUGAAGUCCUCUCCCUUCAAAAGGAAUUUCGUGUGGGGCAGCUCGAAAACCUAGUAAUACUCUUCAUGAACGAAUAUAACCUCAAUUUGCAACUGGCAGUUGACAAAGUUCUCUCACUUAUCAGGGAGCAUUACGAUAUUUGCACAGCAGCUGAAGCUCGUCUACCCUUCACAGGAAACAAAAAGCUCGAUGCCGAUAUUCUAGAAUAUGUGCAGGGAUGUAAAGAUCUUGCCGUCGGGACCGCGUACUGGAGUUCGCAAUCUGUGGCCGAGAUGCCUCUCGUCACCGCGUUCAUCGAUAUAAUCGAAUAUGGACUAAGCAUCGUCAACUAA